GACACUCCAGACACUCACCAUCAACCUCUUCUGGAUCCAACAUGGCACAGCCAGAAACUGUCCCCAAGGAGAAAGCGUGCAUGCUGUGCCACCGCACCCAGGCGGACACCGACAUCUGUGGUGACAAGACAGUGAAGUUCCAGCUCUGUGUCCACACCUACUGCCAGAUCCUCGCCACUGGGCUUUUCCCACAAGAGGACACUGGACACUUCCUCACUGAGGACACCAGGCACGUCAUCAGAGAAGCAGCCAAGAAGAGCUGCUUCAUCUGCUGCAAGAUGGGGGCCAGCAUCACCUGCUGCCACGCCAGCUGCCAGCGCACCUUCCACCUGCCCUGCGCGCCAGACGGUGAAUGUGUCACCCAGUACUUCGGGGCCUACAGGUCCUUCUGCUGGGAGCAUCGCCCACAGCAGGCACUGCAGCCACGUCCAAGCCAGGACAACACCUGCAGCAUCUGCCUGGACACCGUGGAUGACAAAAUCUCCUACACAACCAUGGGGUGCCCCGCGUGCCAGGACGCCCGCUUCCACCGGCACUGCAUCCAGAGACUGGCCCUGCACUCGGGCAUUGCCUUCCGAUGCCCGUGCUGCCUGAACCAAGAGCCGUUCAUGAUGGAAAUGCUCACCAUGGGGAUCCGGCUCUCCAAGAGACCCCCAUCAUGGGAGAGUGAUCAAGAGGUCGGACCCUCAGAUCAGAGGCACGGCCGCUGCGAUGCCGCGACGUGCCUGUGUCCAAGAGGCAGGGAGCACGCGGAGGCAGACGGACCCUGGCAGCUGUGGCUGUGCAGCUCCUGUGCUGCCAAGGGCAUCCACCGACACUGCCCCUCUCUGGGCAACAGCAAGUACACCUGGGAGUGCAACACCUGUGCUGGCACUGACACUGACACUGGCUCCACCAACAAACCAGAGCUUGUGAGCCCCACAACUUCCAGACAAGUGCUGUCAACACUGUCCCAGGGCACACUGCCCCUCAAGAGCAGCUGCUCCAUCAGCCCUCGGCAGGCCGUGAAGCGGCACUACCCUGAGGAAAAAAUACCAUCACGGACAACGUACUGCCCUCCCGCAAAACGCCGCAGGAUCCAGGACGGGCCAGCCCACAGUGCUGAGAGCAGCCAGCCCAGCACUUCCAGCCAGGCAGCAGCACAGCUGUCCCAGGGAAAGUGUCCCAUCAACAGCAGCAGCUCUUCCUCUCGCCCUCGGCAGGCCCUCAAACAGGACUGCCCAGAGCAGGACAAGGACUCAGGGGUAUCGCACGGCCCACCCGCGAAACGCCGCAGGAUCGACACUGGGCCGGCUCAGAGUGCUGGUGAAAGCGGCCUCAGCACUUCCACACAGGCAGUGUCACGGCCGUCUGGGGCCACUUUGGUGGCCAACACUCAAGCUGCACGGCCACCACGUCCUUACAGGCCUCCAUGGAUCUUCCACACAUCCACGACGGACAACCGCUCCCAGCCUGGGCCAGUUCGCAUGAGGCACGUCCGGCGGCGACGACGACGGGCAAAAAAGCCCUACAGCCGGCCAUGAGAACAGCAGCAGGACACACUGCCGGCCAGCCCACAGCCCCAUCACCUUACCCUUGAAAGACAGACAGAUACAGAUAGAUAGAUAAAAAGAUUUUAAAGAAAUAAGGUUUUUUUACACUAGUAGAACCACCACACCUUUUUAAUCUGAAACUGUCCCCAAGGAGAAAGGUGACAGCAGAAGUCUCCCUCCCCACAGCUCCCUGUCAUGGGCACAGGGGGUUCCAGGGCAGCCAGUGAGGAGGCAAGAACGAUGCCCACAUCCCCCUCCCUGUCUGGAGAUGCACACCGGCCUCAAAACCCCAUGCUGACACUCAGGGGCUGCUGUGCUCUUUCCAGAGCUGCUUCAUCUGCUGCAAGAUGGGGGCCAGCAUCACCUGCUGCCACGCCAGCUGCCAGCGCACCUUCCACCUGCCCUGCGCGCCAGACGGUGAAUGUGUCACCCAGUACUUCGGGGCCUACAGGUAAGGGCAGCCUGUCCUCACCUCGGAGCCCCCGUUCAUCUCCAAGUCCUUUCCACCUGCAGUGGCCACCCAAGGGAGGAGCCCAUGGAAAGACUUGCCAGCAACCUGACACAGC